AUGAAUACAGAAGUGAUUUGCGUCGUUAUAUUAAUUCUUUGCAUCAAUACCGAUGCCACAAGAUAUGAUAUACCAAUAAACUGUCAUCUUCAGCCAGAUAAAGGACUAUGUCGGGCAGCAAUACCUCGUUAUUAUUAUAAUAUUUCUACUUAUAAAUGCAAACUUUUUCUUUAUGGUGGAUGUCUCGGAAACGGAAACAAUUUCGAAUCUUUACAGGAAUGCUCCGAUCAUUGUUCUGCAGAAAAUUUAGAUGAUCUACCAAAACCAAGUGGUAAAAACAGUCAAAACUGGUAGCUGGUCACGAGUUGGAACGUCAUCAGCUGACUAGGCUCAUUGAGUUUUUACGUCUUUUUCGUGUGUUUUACUCGUUAAAUAAAGUUGGUUUCUCAUAGAAAGUCCUUUCGGGUAUACUUCCUCUUUCGUGUCUAUCUGCUGUUGUCUGUAAAAAGAAUA